AUGGCUGCUGAGGAGGAGGCAGUAGUGUUGGAUAUCGCAGUAAAACACACAGACGGUUCUGAAGCUGAGCUGUGUGUCAAGCAGGCGGGUGAGAAGUCCGAAUGCGUCACUGCUCCAAUACCGAAACUCGUGAAGCUUCCGUUGUCGCGGGUGAAAGCGUUAAUGAAAUUCGAUCCGGAGGUGUCCCUGGCUAGUCGGGAGGCCGUCUUCCUUAUAAGCAAGGCUACGGAAAUAUUAAUACAAACAAUUGCUAAAGAUGCACAUGUGUAUGCCCAACGUAACAAGAGGAAAACUCUGCAGCGUCGAGAUAUAGGUUUGAAUUUUAUUUCUUAG